GUUCCAGCGGGUUCUACUCUGCUCCGCCGCGACGCUUACGUUCACCACACAACUCAUUGGCCUCCCUCUCUGUCUUGCACAUAAAGCACGCGCGGCCUUUUCAUGCCGCGGCGGUGACAGACCAUGGCAUGCGCGACCUGUCGAGCACGCAAAAUUAAGUGCGAUCGAUCAUUGCCGACCUGCCAGAACUGCAGACUACAAUCAAGGCAGUGCGACUAUGCUGGCGAGCGGCGGAAGCGUCGCUGGACGACCAGCGGGAUCGACACUCGGCGGGGCUCUGCUGCUUCCGACAAGACACUCUCAGGCUGUGUAGUAGGGUCGCAACAAUGCCGAAGGCCGAAUGCGCGAGGCAUGCCGACGCUGCCGGAGGACGUCGACAAUUGGCAGGAUGGACGGCGAGGACAGUAUGUUUCUAUCGACGAAGACGACCCCGGAAACGCUGUAUCCUACGGCAGCAGCAGUCUCGGUACUGAAGGAGACCUCGCAGACCGGCUUGACAAAUCACCCGGCAAUGCCGACAACGCCCAUUUGAACGGAUUGACGACGAUGGCGACGGCGAAUGAUGACGUCGAAGAACCGCUUUUGGACAGGAUACUUGGUGGAUUCGAUAUUGGCUGCCUCAAAGACCGGCACCCGGCCGUGUGGAUGAGGGCCGGCGGCGGGGACGAGUAUACCGGGCCCUCGUCCGGCAUCUCAUCCAUCUCCGACCUGGGACUGAAAUGGAUACGGGACCAUGUCCAGGGUUCGGACACCCUCUGCAGCACAAUCCUGGACAUACGAGACAGCGUGCUCAGCCAUCUCCGUCAGCCAAAGUGUGUACCGCGGGGACCAUGCUCGUCGCCGGGCACGCCCCCUGGCUUGAAGCCCAUCCUGGCCUCGGACGUCGCCAAGUACGUGGACGCCUACUUUUCGACCGUGCAGACCAUCUUUCCGAUACUGGACCGAGCCGAGUUCGAGGCUCAACUCGCGACACACGGAAUAGAUGCGCCCGCGGCCAUGUACUCGUGGAAGGCCUUGCUGAACGCAGUGCUAGCUUCGGGAUGCCGAGCCGCGCUCUCCGACGAGACGGCCGAGGCAUUCCAGGCGUCCGGACGCGAGGCCUGGGACUACUUCCAAAACGCGCUGUACUACGAGGCCAAGAUCAACCACGGCGCGACGGAUCUGUCCGCGGUCAAGGCGCUGGCCGUCAUGACGGUCUUUGCCCAGGGAAUAUCGAGCCCCCAGCGGCUCGAGUACACGCUGUCUUCGGCGGCGUCGCGGCUUGCCCAGAGCAUUGCGCUCAACCACCGUCCUCCGCGGGCGUGGAGCCUGACAGAGAGCGAGCAGCGAGAGCGAAACCGCCUCUUUUGGUCUCUCUACUGCCUCGACAAGACGAUAGCUCUCCGCUGCGGCCGACCCGCGAUAAUCCACGACCAGGACAUCAGCUGCUGCUUCCCCCAUGGCAUACAAGUGUCCCAAGGUCAAGAUUUGGGCAUAGGCCUGGGCCAGGGCCAGGGCCAGGGCCAGGGCCAACAACAACAACAACAACAACAACACUUUGACUUUUUCCUGUGCCUCACCAAGCUCGCCCGCAUCUGUGGAAACAUCUCGCAGCGGCUGUAUUCGGCGUCGGCGCUAUGUUCACCGUCUCCCGCGCUCCAUGCCACAGCAGUCCAGACGUUGCAAGACCUGGAGACGUGGCGGCAGAGCAUCCCGCCCGAGAUGCAGCCGGGCAAGCCUUUUGGACGGAUAUGCGGCGCCUCCGGUCCGGCCCGGACGCAGCUUCUUGUCCUGCAUUCUUCCUAUCACUACGCAUUGUGCGCCAUUUAUCGGCGGUUCUCCCCCAUCUUCACCCAGGACGACGUGGAAGCACGCCGUUUCAAUCCCCAGACGACGCACGCAAGCCACAUCGAAGCCGCGAGAUCCAUGGUUCUGCUCACAAAGUAUCUCGAUAUAGAGAGCUUUACCCCCGGAUGGCUUGUGUUCUACUACCCCAUGACCGCACUCACCACCAUCUUCAUGCACGUCGUCUGCAGGCGUCCCGACGAGACCACCACGCAAAACGACAUUGCGCUCAUGGAGGUCAUCGUGGGGUUCUUUGGGCGCCUGGAAUACGUCACCUCGGGCGAGGCCGCCUUUACGAAAACCACCGAAUUCGUCCGCCAGGCACGCGCCGUCGUAAAAGGGGCCGCUUUCGGCGGCGGCACGGUUGAGAAUUCUUCCUACUUAGGCGGGUUACUCCCCGGCCCGGACCGCGGACCGAGCUUUGCGGAUCACCACCACCGCAUGGACGGAAGUGGCGGCGCGUCGUCCAUGUUCAUGCGGGCUCACCAGGGUUUACCGGGCCAGCCCUCGCUUGUGGCAGAAGCACCCGAGCCCAGUGGUGCUGCUACCACCAUGGACCAUGGUAUGGGGGUGGCGCAGCAACUCAGCCCACCGGCCUCGUUCUCUGCAGAGCUGGUGCGCCUCUUGGCAUCCCCCUCGGGCGAGAUUCCGAACGAGCAUUGGCUGGGUAUGUGGAUGUCGGCGGGGCAGACUGUUGAUACGACGACGACUUGACAACAGAGCUUGUCGUGGGAUUCUUGGAAAACGAGGAGAACUAAGGUACGGUGGCGUUCGGUUCGGAAGGUUCGCAAGGUUCGCAAGGUUAGCAGUUAGUUAUUACUUAUUAUUUGGGCUGUUCACAAGCGAGCGAAAUUCGACAUGGAACUGUCAUACCGAGAGAGCGGGGAACCCGGUAUGGCUGCGGGUUAAAUGUGGGCGCUGACCAUUCUGCAGAGCAAACAAUGGCCAAUAAUAACACUUCAAAAGCCAAAGGUGGGCCGUGGCGAGCCCGAACCCGGAUAACCCAGCCCGAACCCGAGAGGCUCAGGAAUGACGUCACCACAAACAACAUUACCUACAUUAGAGGUAGUGUCCAAUUUGAGCCGAGCGGUUUGAAAUACGGAGCGGGGGUGUGGG